UCAAACAAUCCCACACUCAGAUGAGUGUUGCAGCACAGCAUUUACAACUAAAAAUGCAAAGUACUCCAGGAGCCGUUUGAGGUUUCCACUGCUCAGCUCUCCUAGCACUCAAAACACUUGCAGCAACUACAAGGGUGUGAUCCCAGCAGCAGACAGGGUGGGAGGGAAGGAUCCUGUACUCUCUAACCAGACAGGUCCCUGGAACACCCUCCACCACUUCCACUGGGUAAACUGAAGCUUCACACUUUUCUGUUGGAACUUGUCAAGACAACACUGCCUGCAGCACCAUGUUGCAGACCCUUGGUGAGUGGGUGUGGUGGGAGCGUCUGUGGCUGCCAGAAAAUGUGUCCUGGUCCGAUCUAGAGGACACUGAAGGUCGAGUCUACGCUAAAGCCUCUCAACUUUACGACGCCGUGCCCUGCGCCUUCUGCCUGCUUCUAGUCAGAUACCUGUUUGAAAGAUAUGUCGCCACGCCAUUGGCUAAUGUUUGGGAAAUUAAGGACAGGGUACGUCUCACGGCAGAACAAAACCCCCUCCUAGAAAACUACUUCUGCAGCAAAGCACGAGCACCUUCACAGGCUGAAGUGAGGUCUCUGUGUAAGAAGACCGGUUGGCCAGAAAGGAGAGUUGAAGUGUGGUUCAGGAGGAGGAGGAACCAGGAUCGUCCAUGCCUUCGGAAGAGGUUCAGCGAGGCCAGCUGGAGAUGCACGUUUUAUUUUUUUGCAUUUUUCGGUGGACUCCUAGCUCUCUAUGAUAAACCAUGGUUUUAUAAUCUGAGGGAAGUAUGGGCAGGUUUUCCUGUACAGUCCAUGCUGCCAUCCCAGUACUGGUAUUACAUCUUGGAACUGGGCUUCUACCUUUCUCUGCUCCUCCGUCUCACAUUCGAUGUGAAACGCAAAGACUUCAAAGAGCAGGUGAUUCAUCAUUUCGCCACUCUGACUCUCCUCAGUUUCUCCUGGAUUUCAAAUUACAUCCGUAUUGGAACCCUUGUGAUGGCAGUCCAUGACGCUUCUGACAUACUACUUGAGGGUGCAAAGGUAUUCCACUACGCCAAGUGGCACAAGACUUCUGAUGCCAUGUUUGUGGUGUUUACAGUUGUCUUCAUGGUCACGAGGCUUGUUAUUUUUCCUUUCUGGCUGAUCCAUUGUACUUGGGUGUAUCCAGUGGAGCUGUAUCCUCCCUUCUUUGGCUACUAUUUCUUCAACGUCAUGCUGAUGGUUCUACAGAUACUCCACAUCUACUGGGCCUUUCUCAUAUCACGAAUGUUUUACAAGUUCAUCUUCAGCAAGCUGGAGGGCGAUGACAGGAGUGAUGAAGAGGAGGACGACAGCGACCCGCCAAAGGAAAGAAACCACAAAUCAAGUCACAUGAAUGGCUCUGGUGUCAGAGGUCGGGCCAAUGGCCACUGACAGAUGGGUGGAAACAAAAGGACAAGGAAAAUGGACAGCAGACACAUGGACAUAUUCUGUAUGAAGUACAUCUUUUAGAAUUUAAUUUCAUGUAACAGACAAACAAACAAGAGAAUAUUAAUUUUACAGGAACUGUGAAGGGUGAGGCAUAAAGUCAUAUGAAGCUACAUGGUUUUUGGAAUUCAUAAAUUCAGAACAUUAACAUUCUAUCUUAUUCUACUGUUAAUUAAAAUACGUCUUUAAUA